AUCGUUCAAGAUGACAAACAAUAUAUUAUUAAAUAGCAGCUCGCAUAUAAACGCACGUAUACUGGUAUACGUGUUAGCGUUCCUACAUUUAGUAUUUGUGGCAGCAAAACUGUUAAGCAUAGAUUUCAGUGGCGCUGAGGACCCCCAACUGCAUCCGUACUCACGAAUGAAAUGGAAAUUGAUCACAACGUGGUUUAAUUUGGCUACGAUGGCGUAUCUAGUAAUCUGUAUAUAUUGCGAGUGGCAAGAGAAGAAAGGAAACAAAACAAAACUAGCACCUAUAAGACACUUAAUUUUUUCAAGCAUUAUUCUACCUACAACUGUCUUUGCUGAUAUUCUAUUUUGGCUGUUAUGGAGUAAAAACCGAGAACUAUUGAUGCCUUUAUCAACGGAUAUAUAUAUUCCACUUUGGGCACACCACAGUAUGCAUACCGUAUCCUUGGUUUUUGUUAUCUUUGAGCUAGUAUCAGUGCCUAGAAAGCGACCGGCAAGUUUGAAGAAAGGCAUCGCCAUUAUGAUUUCUUUCAUGACCCUGUAUGUACUCCUAUGCGUGGAGAGCUUACGUAAAGGUGAAUUUGUGUAUCCACUUCUAAGGACAUGGUGUAUCCAGAAAUUAUUUGUUUUAAUUAUCUUUACAUAUAUAUCUCACUUAUUCUAUUACACGAGUCAAUGGCUUAUAAUGGACAUAUUUUGGGGGUUUAUUCUCAAAGGUAAACAAAAUUUCAUGUAACCAUGAAUUUACGGUUUAUUUUAAUUUAAAUAUUAAUUGAAUUAAUAAACUAGAUAUAAUUUA